AUGGACAGGACGUCCACGCUCCGUUUCAGUGGGGUCUCUCACCAGCAUGGCCUUCACAAAAUACGAGUGCAGCGGACUUCGAACCUCGAGGGUAUAUUCGCACCAAGCACGGAGGAAGGGACAAACUGUUGUACGCCAUGCGUGUCACUGGUGAGGCAAUACAUGAGGAUUACCUACAUGAUCAGUGAGCGAAUGCCAGAGAUCCAUGUAAACUCGGAAGGCUACAAUACAUACUCCCUGGCUUUUGUGCUGGCUUCCCUUCUUCUUGUUUUGGUGCUGACUGUCAUGGGACCCGUCCUGAUGCCCCUGGCAGUUCUGUACACCGCUACAUGCGGCACUGGUCCAUCGGGCUACAUAAAUGUGGACGCCAGGCUGGCUGAGACAGAAGCUGCCGCCGAGCGUCACCCUCCCUUGCUCAGAUGGGCUCUGACGUUAAUUCUGGCCGCGCUGUCUCUGUUGCCCUUGUACUUGCUGUCGACCAUGACCAUGGUUGUGUUUGAUGAGGAGGUUCUGAUGGAGUUCAUGAGACCUGAGAACCCGAUGUUGGAGCUUUGGGGCCCAUACGUCUGCUUGCUGAUCCUGUCAGUGACCUUUCAUGCAGAUGUCUGCCAGUGUUGUAUCGAGAACGGUGCUGGCCAAAUGCUUCUGGAUGAGAUGCAUGAGAUGAGGGAGCAGGAUGCCUUCAUGGUGAAGAUUGCGAAGGGGAACGUUGAUGAGAAGGAGGUGGAGAAUGUGAUUGUCGAGAUGCAGGACCUCGUGCGCUACCUGGAUGUGCACAUCCAAGAGAAGAAGCACGGACUCUUCACGACCCAACGUCGCCUUACCAGCAACUUCAUGUAUGCAAUCUUUCAGGUCAUUCUGGACGAAACGCAGGACGCGGAAAUAGACGAAGACGAGGACCUUUCUCAGCGUCUGCGGAAUCAGCUCGAGCAGUUUUCGGCAUUGUCCACACACGUCGUGCCGUCGGCUGUUGCAGCCCUCGUAAUGGGAAGCCUGGUGCCAGCGCUGCUUCCGGCGCUCGUCCGAUUGGUCAACGGGUACCAGGGCUUGUGGAGCCAUGACGGUGUUUGGGCGUGCCAGCGCGCGUAUCUUUUCAUGGCGUUCAUUACGUCCAUGCGCCUGAUCGGAAGCUGUUAUGGGCUUCUCGACAGCCUUGCGCGGUUGCAGCUCGCCACGCUGGCAACGCUGUAUCUUGCUGCGCCACGUCGGCGCCGGGCAGUGCUGGCUGCCAUGUACAGGCCACAGUUCAACAAGCUGCUGUUUCUGCCCGGCGGAGAUCCAGAUGACCAUGUGCCUCUCGCGCCUGCGCGAGAAUCCGCCCGCGAAAUGGAGCGUCGGUACGGGGGCUUCGCGCGCUUCAGGUGUGUCUUCGUGGGCAAUAAGUUGCGUGGCAAGGGCCUGGAGUUUCGCAACAAAGAGUCCAUGAAGAAGGAAGAGUGCCUGGAGGCUCAGCCACCGCAGGAGGACGACGCAAAUGCAAACGUCACCUAUUUGGCAGCGCGGAAGUUUGCAUUCCUCCAACUCCUGACAAGAACAGACUGCUUGGUGCUCGAGGGGAAGUCGGAAGCAGUCAUGUUAGUCUUACUGAUGAUCUUGUCCUUGAUUUCUGUCCUCCUGGUGUAUUCGGUUGGUCUCACAGACGGCCAACAUUAUGUCACCCUCGCUUUUGGAUCCUUGAUAUUGCUAGCGGUUCUGGCUAUGAUGCUUUCCGUCGUGAACAAUCUGGUUUCUCUGGAGCGACUGCUCCUGGCCGACACCCUGAAGAUUCUGCAAAGUUGGCGAGAGCGCCUCGAGCGCCUGAGAUAUGGAGUCACAGGCACACUCUUCGAAGAGGACAACCGGAAGGACAUCACAUUCUUGGACAACUACCUGUGCAGCUUGAUCGAUCCGGUAGCUGGGCUGAUCGACUACACCAAAAACUGGCAAAAGCCUGUAAGUAUCUUCGGCAUAACGGCGUCAAGUACUCGUCGCAACCGGGUGGUGCUGUCGCUCCUGGCAUACUUUGCCGUUCUCCUUUGGCAGCUCUUGAAGCAUCAAAGUUGGUACAUUGCUUUACAGCAAGAACUGGCAGAGAUGGCCGAAUCACAUGGUGUUCACUUUAGUUGA